CCGCCCCGCCGGGUAGGAGGUAGCCGGCCGUACUUCGGUCUUGGGCGUUCCCCGCGACGGAGUGCCCCACAAUUCGUCUCGGAAGGCAUCCAGGCGGACGAUGGCAGCGACGCGCGUGGAACCGCGCGCCCGCGAGAUCUUCUCCACGCUCGAGUAUGGACCGGUGCCGGAGAGCCACGCAUGCGCACUGGCCUGGCUGGACACCCACGACCGGCUCUUGGGCCACUAUGUCAAUGGAAAGUGGCAGAAGCCAGAACACAGGAAUGCAGCAUCUUGCCAGGAUCCUGUCACAGGGGAGAACUUGGCCACCUUCCUUCAGGCACAAGAGAAGGAUGUGGGUGCAGCAGUGCAGGCAGCAAGGACAGCAUUUGAGAGCUGGAGUCAACUCCCAGGAACCACAAGGGCUCAGUAUCUGACCAGGCUAGCCAAGAUGAUCCAGAAACACCUGCGGCUGCUGUGGACCCUGGAGUCCCUGUUUACUGGGAGGGCAGUCCGAGAAAUUCGAGAUGGGGACAUCCCUCUGGCCCAGCAGCUGCUUCAGUACCAUGCAAUCCAGGCGCACAUCCAGGAGGAAGCACUGGCAGACUGGGAGCCCAUGGGAGUUGUUGGCCUCAUCCUGCCACCCACCUUCUCCUUCAUGGAUAUGAUGUGGAGAGUGUGUCCUGCCCUGGCUGUGGGCUGCACUGUAGUGGCCCUCGUGCCUCCAUCCUCCCCAACACCCCUCCUCCUGGCCCAGCUGGCAGGGGAGCUCAGCCCCUUUCCAGGGAUCCUGAACGUGCUUAGUGGCCCAACCUCACUGGCACCUGCUCUGGUUUCUUGGCCUGGAGUCCAGAAGGUGGUGUUCUGUGGAGCUGUGGAGGAAGGACGUGCUCUACGGAGGUCCUUGGCAGGCAAGGGAGCCACACUGGGCCUGGCCCUGGGCACAGAAUCACUGCUGCUGCUGACAGACUCAGCGGAUGUGGACUCAGCUGUAGAGGGUGUUGUGGAUGCGGCCUGGUCAGACCGCAGCCCGGGGGGCCUCAGGCUCCUCAUCCAAGAAUCUGUGUGGGAUGAGGCUGUGAGACGCCUUCAGGGCAGGAUGGGGCGGCUACGGAGCGGCCGAGGCUUGGAUGGAGCCGUGGACAUGGGGACGCGUGGAGCUGCUGCCCAUGACCUGGCACAGUGCUAUGUGCGUGAAGCCCAGAGCCAGGGUGGAGAGGUGUUCCAGGCUGGUGACAUACCCUCCAACAACCCAUUCUUCCCCCCAACCUUGAUCUCUGGUCUGCCCCCAGCUGCCCCAUGUUUCCAGGCAGAGGUGCCCUGGCCUGUGGUCGUGGCCUUCCCUUUCCGCACAGCCAAGGAGGCUCUGGCCCUAGCCAAUGGGACACCCCGGGGAGGCAGUGCCAGCGUGUGGAGUGAACGACUGGGUCAGGCCCUGGAGUUGGGCUACAGGCUCCUGGCAGGAACAGUGUGGAUCAAUGCUCAUGGCCUCCAAGAUCCUGCCGUGCCUAUUGGUGGCUGCAAGGAGAGUGGCUCUUCCUGGCACGGGGGCCCAGAUGGUCUGUAUGAAUAUCUGCGGCCCUUGGGGACCCCCCCACAGCCGCCCUACUUUUGCGAAAGUCUCAAUUAUGACACUUUUGGCCUUGCUGUCCCCUCCACCUUGCCUGCUGAGCUGGAAAUUGGAUCGAGCCCAGAACCCCCUUACGGGCUGUUCGUUGGGGGCCGUUUCCAGGCUCCUGGUGCCCGGAGCUCUAGGCCCAUCCAGGAUUCUUCUGGCAACCUCCAUGGCUAUGUGGCUGAGGGUGGAGCCAAGGACAUUCGGGGUGCUGUGGAGGCUGCUCACCAGGCCGCCCCUGGCUGGGCGGUCCAGUCUCCAGCAUCCAGGGCAAGCCUGCUGUGGGCCCUGGCUGCAGCACUGGAGCGCAGGACACCUGCCCUGGUCUCACGGCUGGAGAGGCAGGGAGCAGAACUAAAGGCUGCCAGGGCAGAGGUGGAGCUGAGUGUGAGGCGACUCCGGAAAUGGGGGGCCCAGGUGCAGGCUCAAGGUCACACCCCACAGGUAGCAGGCCUGAAAGGCCCUGUGCUCCGGCUUCGGGAGCCCCUGGGAGUGCUGGCUAUCGUUUGCCCCAAUGAGUGGCCCCUGCUUGCCUUUGUGUCCCUGCUGGCCCCUGCCCUGGCCCAUGGCAAUGCUGUGGUAUUGGUGCCUAGUGAGACCUGUCCCCUCCUAGCCCUGGAGGUCUGUCAGGAUAUGGCCUCCCUGUGUCCCGCCGGCCUGGUGAAUGUGGUGACAGGAGAUCGGGACCACCUGACUCGCUGCCUGGCCUUGCACCAAGACAUCCAGGCCCUGUGGUAUUUUGGUUCUGCCCAGGGAUCCCAGUUUGUGGAGUGGGCCUCUGCUGGAAACCUCAAGCCUGUGUGGGUAAAUGGGGGCAGCUUGAGGGCCUGGGAUCAACAAACUGAGGGAGCAGGGCCAGAGCUGGGCCUGCGUGCAGCAAGAACCAAGGCCCUGUGGGUACCGAUGGGGGACUGAUGCCUGAUGCCACCCACUCCAGCUCCAAUUCCAAUGGACACCAGAUGCCUGGAACUUUCCCCUCUCAAUAAACUGUGCCAGCAACGCUGACUGUACUUCUGACGGGGGCGGGAGCAGCAGCUCCUGCUCUCAAAGGUCCAGUGGGUGGCUACCAGACAACAGGGCACUUGUAGAACCAAUAAAUGGGCUCAGAACCCUA